AUGGGCAUCCGUACUCGAGCAUCAUGGAUGCCACACCUCAAUUUCAUCAGUAUUCACUACGCGUGGGUCAUCUUCUGCGCCGUCUUCGCCCUGCCAGUCAUGAUGCCUUACGGCAACCUUGCUGCCAUCGAUGCCUUCUUUUUUGGCGCCAGUGCUUCCACGGAGUCGGGUCUCAAUACAAUCGAUGUCAAGAACAUCCCGACGUACCAGCAGGUCUACAUCUAUGUCAUCCCUGUCAUCACCAACUUGCUAUUCAUCAAUGCGAUGGUCGUUCCCAUCCGGCUAUUUUGGUUUAACCGCCGGCUCAAGCAAGCCGUCGAUGCCUUGGCCAGGAGAGCAGCUUCUGCUGAAGCGACGGCAACUAGUACUGAUGAAAAGUCCCCGACACACGAAAACGACGGCUCAGAACAAGACGGCAAGCACGUAAGCGACGAGAACGCUUCUGCACCUGAAGCGGAUGCUUCGAGGACCGUCAGGUCGCCUACCAUCACGUGGGACAACGCCGUCCGGCCAGACGUCGACUCGGAUGCGAUCUCACCUGUUCAGCGCGCCGACAGUGCCAAAAUCAGCGCCUUUGCCCAUGGCCCCGUCCUUCAGGCCGCCAGGUCCAUCGAGAGGGCUGCGUCCUCCGCCUUCGUCCUCGGCAGUGACCCCAGACGUCGCAGUCGCAGCCAGGAUCGCAAUCGGAGCUCAUCUCGCCAGCGCCGGCCUCAGGACAAGGUGCCCGAGCUCCGCAUCUCGAACUUCAGUGACUUGUCCGAGAGUGAUCUCGACGUUCUGGGAGGCGUCGAAUACCGGGCGCUGAAGAUGCUCUUGUACUUUGUUUUUGGUCAGUAUAGACCCUUGGUGCCCGACAUUGGUGCAAGUCGCGGCAACCUUCUGUUCUCUUGCUGA